AUGCAUUUCAGGCCACUCCUCCUUCUAGGAACCGCCACAACCCUAUUCCUACCCAGCCUUGCCGAGUUCAAGGGUGCAGCUAUCAGAUGGUGCAACGAGUCACCCCCAGACGAUCAGCCCAAUAGCUCUUGUAUUCAGACAGUCGUCACUCUGGAUCAGUGUAACCUCAUCCCUGACUCGAACGCCAAAGGCGAUUGGUCAAGCAGUGCAGUGGUCAAAUACAGCCCAAGACGCGAAUCGGACAGAGACAGAAUAGAGUGUCGGCUCUACCUUGACAACCAAUGCAAGGAGGUGGACGACACAACAGUUUUCAACAACAGAUUCCUAAUUGAAGCUGAGAGAUAUCGACACAAGAUUUUCAGGUCGUACUUGUGUAUUGAGGAGAAGGAAUAUCGUCUGGAUCUUUUCGGAUGA